CACGGAGUCAGAAAAGGGCCCUCUUAGUCCUCCCGAAAACGACGGACGAGCGUCAAGCGUGUUCCGAGGGUGAACAUAUACGAGGGAGGUUAGAAAUUUACGAAAUAUACGAUAAGAAAACAGGGCGGUGCGAAUAGCACAGGAAAUGAUAUAAACAAAAGUGAAAUUUGAAUUGGUUACAAACAGAGACCCAUCAAAAAUAGAUAGAAAAGUGGGUAGUCCACGUAAAUCUGGGUGAAGUAGCGAAAGGGGAAAAAAAAAGGACAAGAAGAAGAAGAAGAAGAAGAAGAAGAAGAAGAAGAAUAACGACAACAAAUCAAAGGCAGAGGAAAGCAAGCCUUCGCUUUCAAAAGGGAAGAUGUUGGACUUCGGCAAAUCGCAAAACCGGUCGCGCAAGACCUUCAGCAUCUUCGCCUCCUUCAUCAUGUGCUGCCUGGGGGCCUCGCUCAUGAUCGCGUCCGUAGCCACGCAAUUCUGGUUCGAGUCCGGAUGCAAGUUAGGAGGGGAGGAGAGCCCCGACAGCCAAGUCUACUUCGGACUCUUCUCAGGCAAGAACACCUUCAAGAAACUCAGCGUCACCCAGUACUACACCAAGAUCGUCUGCGAUGAAGGCAUCUGCAUGUUCAGCUGCGCACCCACCGCCGACCUUCGGCGACAGCACCUGGAACACGUCAAGGAAGGAACAGCGGAGGAUUUCGCCAAAGAUAACUGUAAAGGAGUUGCAAACAUGGCUCUGAUGGCACAGGUCCCCUCUGCAGGGGCGCUUCCCCUCAUGACGUUGAGUGGACGACCUCAGCGCCAUCUGGAAGCAAGAGCAGAAGGUGAUCCCACCACUACAGAUGAUCCCACCACUACAGAAUCCGGAAACAGUUCGACUACGCCACAUGUGCCCACCAGCCCCGAAUUCAUGAGUUACGGAUUGUGGGUCGGCACCAUCUCCUGCUUGUCGAUCGGCAUGGUAUUCGCCGUCAUAGGCGCCCUCUUCGCCGUCAUCAACACGGCGACAACGCCCGUGGAGUUCAUCACGGGGGUGCCGGGCCUCUAUAUAUGGAACAGCAUGGCGGCCUUCUUCAACCUGAUCUGCGUCAUACUGUGGGCUGUCCAGUUCCACCAACAUCUGACGAGGAACGUCCUUCUCUACGACGCUGACUCGGGAUGGACAACGGAGGGCAUGGAAGUCUUCGGAUACUCUUACUGGUUGGUGGUAGUCGCUAUAAUCGUUCACAUAGCAAACAUUGUCAUCAUAUUCGUUGGAACUUACGAACGAAAGGCCAAAGAAGAAGUCCGGAAACCGGAAGAAAAGUCUGUCAACCUCAUGUUAUAUUAAAUCAAGAACUUUCCAAGAUAUAUACGCUGAAGGCUGUGAGUGAGGAAAGGAAAGCCUGUGAUGGUAGAAAGAGAAACAACACAAGACUCAAGGUGAUGAUGACAGAGAGACAACACUAAUCUCAAGAUACACAAGAGAUGCAAAUGAGAGAAGAAUCGUAUUUUGGCGGGAGAUCAUUUCGCUUGUCAGAUGUCAUUUGUUUGAGGUUAAUUUUGUUUACAUGUCUUUUCAACACCUGUAGAAUGCUGAGUAUUUUUUUUCCGUCAGCAUGUUUUGUUAAUGAUAUAAAUAUUACUAGAAUGCAGAGAAGUUAACAUUUCAGAAUGUUGAAUAAGAAAAGAUGAAGGCACAACGAUGCCAGAUGAAUAAUAAUUACAAAAAUGUUUGAGGAAAAUGUAAGCAAGUGUUGUCUUCGCGAAGACACAUUGAGAAUGAUUUAAUACCUUUGCCCCAAUUUCAUUGGGUGCAAAGUGCCAUGUACAUAACAUUGCAAUAUUAGUGUGAACGUAUAAAUAUACCACAUUUAUUUUCUAAGUAUUUCCUUAUGCUAAUUUUUUCAGUGUGUGUCGUAUUAAAACGUCUUAUCAUAAACAUUCUGUGUCUGAAGAAGCAGAAAGACUUAAUGGUCUUCCCACCUAUUAUCUAUUUCUUUAUUAUUUCUUCAGGAGCAGUGUUUAUGGUGUGCAUUCUCUCUCUCUCCCUCUCUCUCUCUCUUUCUCUCUCUCAAGCUAAUCGAAUCUGUGGUGUGUAAUAUAUGGAUUUCUAGGUUUGGCUGCUUCAACAAAGGCUGUACAUUUUUUGUUUUUGAAAAUCAAGUUCACUAUAACUUUAUAGUUUCUAUAAUAUUAUGGCCUAAAAUACAACCUUUAUAUAAAAUUCAUUGAAAGAUUACCUUUUUGAAAAGGUUAUCUUCAAACGAUAUUUUAUAUAUAUAUAUAUAUAUAUGCAUUAAGCUACAAAUGUCCUUUAAUAUCCAAUUCGCUCUACCUCUGAAUUAAUAUAUUUUCAUAUAUGUUAACCGAAGGGGAUUCGAACCAGCGCAGAAAUCAAGACUUCAGUGACAUUACCAACUCACUUGUUGGCCGAGUCGGUAAAUUCACUGAAGUCCUGAUUUCUCCUCUGUGCGCUGGUUCGAAUCCACGAGAGGGCGAAAUUAUUAUCAACUAAAAAAUUCCCCUCUGGUUAACAUAUAUGGAAAUAUAUUAAUUCAGAGGUAGAGCGAAUUGGAUAUUAAAGGACAUUUGCAGCUUAAUGCAUGUACAUGAAUCACGGUGAAGUGAUAAAAAUUUCAUAUAUAGUAUACAACAUACUUGUAUGUCACAAAGAGAGAGAGAAUUAAAUUAUCACCACAGAGAGAAGCCAUUUUCCCCUUAAGAUUUGUUUAUUUUCUAAAGAUGAAAAAGAUUACGGAGUUUCCAGUCUUUUUCAAUACUAUUUGUUUCCCCUAAUCAAUAAAUUAACUCCUCUGGCAGACAUGACGUGGUUGGUACCAGUGUUUGUUACAUGACGAUGGUGCAUAUGUAUAUAAUUUCUGUAUUUUAAGGUAUGUUAAGAAAGCUCUAAGUCCUGCAAAUACUUUGCUGAUUUGUGUGUGCAUUUGUAAAGACUUCAUGGGAUUUGCGAAUGUGUGAACGCUUAAUAAGGGCCUGUAAAAAUCAUCUCAAAAAUCAACCGUAACACUACAUAGAUUGUCAUUUGUUUCCCUGCCAUCAGUUAAUGGCAUUUCGCGUUUAUAUUUCAUUGAGGAAAUCAUAAAUACAGCUGAUUAAAUGCUAAAGGACACCUAAACGAUAAUUUGAAUGGUCUUGGUCGUUAACGUUCUUGUAUUUUGAAUUCCUGCAGGGGUCCCACUUUUAGGGAAAUAGCCCUACGGACUCUUGAUGAUUUUUUUUAAUUUUUUUAUUUUCAAUGAUAUACAAUAUUCAUUUUGUUUUCUUCAAGUAUGCAAUUAUUCCAGACCUGUGUACAUAUAUUAAGAAAAAUCUGCAUUUGGUCAUUUAAAUCUCAUCUUUUAUAUUCAUAUAGGAGUAAACGUAUUUGCAGAUUAGAAUUUUGUAUAUGUUUUUUAUUUUCAUUAACGUCAUGCAGUGGAAAUUUUCGUUGAAAGUUAUUCGGUGGAAUUUUGAACGAUUACAGGGAAUUUUGAGCAGCUGUCUAGGGAAAUACUGUUGACGAAAAGUACGAUCCCUGACUAUAAGUCUAGGGGAAAAACAAAAAUGGAACCAGUUCGCAUCUUUCGUUCAUAAGGGAAACGUAAGCAUGUUUAGUGACCAUUUUUCAACCAUUAUCCCGUAUAUUGGUAGUGCAGUGACAUUGUAGAACUAGCUCACCAUUUUCAUCAAGUUCAAAGAAACUAGGCUAUAGACUGUGUACACAGAGGGUAAUUUUUCCUUUUGUUGUUUACCGUUGAGCCAUUGCUAAGAUAGUGUGAACAUCGUGACGUCAUCAGGCCCAAGCGAACAGGACAGCUUUCAUGAUUAAAGCGUCAGUACACUGUGAGUUGUAUAUGUCACUGUGUAGCUCUUCCACUUGUACAUUAUAAUAAUUCUGUUGCCAUGUACUGUGUGUUUUAUGUCGACUUACUCAGUGAGACAGGCUACGUUCCUCUUCGUAGCCUUGUGUGCCUUGAACCCUACUUGUGCUGUUAAAUUUUGCAUUAGGCUCCCAUAGAUUCUUAAGCAAGCCAGUGGUUGUAAGUGUAUAUACGGAAAAAUGUAUUUUUCUUUAUUUUGUGUGUAUCCCUCUGUGGAUCAUCAUGUGGAUUUUUAGUAGUCUCACGUAAUCUUUAUGAGUAUUAAGGCAUUACUUCGUAAUACUAAGGAGAAAAAUAAAAGUUUUAAUGAUUAA